AUGGCAGGACAUCGAGUUUCCAACAAGUAUGAAAGAUAUCACCAUAUUCGAGAAGAACAACCCAGAGAUUACGGUGAAUAUUUUAUACGUGACGGGAAAGACUUUCAAUCUACACACAAUGGACGCGAGAAACAGGUUAAUCUGCUACUCCUUACAGACGAUAAAAAGAGUCAUUAUAUAGCCAUCAAAAGCCUCUCACGGCUCUUGGGUAGUGACAAAUCAAAAAAUCAUGCAAAGAUGCACUUUUGUAUGAACUGUCUGCAGGCCUUUCCAACAAUCGAAUCGCGAGACAAGCACUAUAUCUACUGCAAAGACAACGAAGCGGUCAAGAUCACGAUGCCAACCGAAAAGGAAAAGUUGCUGUACUACAAGGAUGGUCAGCAGCAAUUCAAAGUACCCUUCGCUAUCUAUGCAGAUUUUGAGAGCUUUUUGAUUCCAAUGAAAGAGAAUGCGAAGGAGACCAAGACGAAAAAGUUGAAUAGAUAUCGUGGCAAAAACUGUGUGAAAAUGUUCGUUGACCAUCUAGAAGACGAGGUAAAACGACUCUACUCCACCUUCCCACAGCAGGAUAUGUUACCGCUAACGGAGGUGUUACAAAGAGAGCGCGAAGCGGCAAAGACAUGCCACAUCUGUAUGAAACCCUUCGAGGAUGACCCCGAGAACUGCAAAGUUCGAGACCACUGUCACUACAUGGGUUUAUACAGAGGUGCCGCGCAUAACACCUGCAAUUUCAACUACAAGAUACCCAGCCAUGUGCCAGUGAUCUUCCACAAUAUUUCAGGGUACGACGCCCACUUAUUCAUUCGAGAAUUGGGGGAGAAGUACGAUACCCAGGAUAUUGGUUGCAUCGCUGAAAACACUGAAAAAUAUAUCUCCUUCAAUGUAAAAAUCAAGGUACCCAUUGCAGGCAUGGGGUACGGUGAUGGUGAAACGUAUAAGAAGAUCGAGAUCAGAUUCAUCGACAGCUGUCGAUUCAUGGCAUCAAGCUUGGAGAAAUUGGCAAGUAACCUUAUUGGUACGAACACGGCAGGUAUGAAAUACCAGCAGUGCGCAGAUACAUGUUUGGAAUUUAAGAACAUUGAUGAUGAGUAUGUAGCAAGCUUUUGGUGUAAAAAUUGCAACUCUAGUACCACGAAGCAGUUAGAAAAGGAGCAGGUAAAAGCAAACGCACCAGCUAUGAGUUUCUUCUUCAGUGAAGAUGAUGUAUUCAGGCUGAUGCUUAGGAAAGGUAUCUUUCCUUAUGAGUAUAUGGAUAGCUGGCGACGAUUUAAGGAAACGGAGCUACCUCCCAAGGAGGCCUUCUAUGGCAAGUUGAAUAUGAAGGGAAUCAGUGACAACGACUACGAACACGCUCAAGAAGUUUGGAAUGUAAUCAAUCCAAAAGUAGCAGAGGUCUACAUGGGUGACUAUCAUGAUAUAUAUCUCGUCGCGGACGUCCUGCUAUUGACUGACAUCUUCCAGAGCUUUCGAGGAGUGUGCCAGAAGAACUACAAGCUCGACCUCGCCCACUUCUACAGCGCAACCGGCUUAGCAUGGAGAGCAGCACUCAAGUACACAGAAAUCAAGCUGGAGUUGCUAACAGGUCCUGACAUGCUCCUGAUGUUUGAAAAGGGUAUUCCAGGUGGUAUAACCCAGGCUGCACACCGAUAUGCGAGAGCGAAUAACAAGUAUAUGGGGAACCAAUACGACCCGGAGGCCGUGUCGUCAUACUUGCAAUACCUUGAAGCCAACAAUCUUUAUGGCUGGGCUAUGCGUCAAGAUCUACCCACGCAUGGGUUUAAAUGGCUGUCGAACGUUGAGACCUUUACAGAGAAGAGGAUCGAGAAAUUGGUCGCUGACAACAAGCAUGGAUGCAUCUUGGAGGUUGAUAUUGAUUAUCCAAAGAACCUACAUGACAAGCAUAACGAGUUACCAUUCUCACCAGAGCGAAAGGUGGUUCACGGGGUCGAGAAACUGAUACCCAAUCUCGAACAUAAGCGGAAGUACAUGGUACACAUCGGGCCUCUUCAUCAAUCUUUAAAGCAUGGGCUGGAGCUUAAGAAAGUGCACAGAGUUUUCCAGUUUAAUCAAAAACCAUGGCUCCGUCACUAUAUAGACCAUAACACAAGGCUUAGAACGGCCGCCAAAAACCAGUUCGAGAAGGACUUUUAUAAGCUUAUGAACCUCUCGGUCUUUGGGAAAACCAUGGAGAAUAUUCGGAAUCACCGGAAUAUCAAGCUGGUCACGAAUGAAGCUGCCUAUACGAAGCUCGUCAUGCAACUUCAGGGGUGGGAAUUAUUUUAG